AUCUUAGUGUAAAAUAAUCUUAUUAAUAAGUGCAUAAUUUUGAUCAAAUAAUAUCCAAAUUGUUGCUGAUGAUUUCAAAUAAUUCAAUUAUAAGAAGAAUAUUUUGAAAUAUGAGCGAUAUGGAAAUAACGAUGAUUUAAAUUAUAUAAUUAUAGAAGUGAUAGAUUGACAUUCGUAAAGUAAAUAAAUUCUGAUUGGUUUAUUUCAAAAAAUUGAAUAUUCGAAAAUCAACAUUUAUAAAAAUAAACACGCAUAUUGGUGUUAAAAAUUACAAAAAGGUUAUGAAUCAUCACGUGUCAGUAAGGAAUGAAAGAGAUUUCCUUUGUUCUGUGUUGUUUCGAGCACUUUCAGUUCUGCAUGAAAAGUAAUAGAUGUGCACGUUCUUUGAUUUUAUUUUUGUUUGUUUCUAAUCUAAUUUAGUAUUUAUUUAUGAUUAUAUAAUUUUUAUUUUUUAUACUAAUUAGUACACAAAACAAUAUUUUAUGAAAUUCUAAUAAAUAUAUGAAUAAUGUAUAAUCUAAUCAUAGAACAAAAGAUUUCUCCAGUAUGAACAAUUACUCUCAAGAUCGUCCAAUUUAAAUUUUUUUUCAUCAGAAAAAAUAAACUAAAAAAAAUGCAUUAAUAUGUAUAAUCAUCAAAAAUUUGAAAUCUGAUAUCUAUGAAUAUUUGUAUGUUCAAAUUGUCAUGCUUUAUGAAAGUGUUUUUAAAUUUCAUCUUUUAAUAUUAAAUAACGAUUGAUAAUUCGAUAUAUUAUCGAAUGAGAAAUAUUGAAUUGAAACUCUUAACUUGAGAGACAAAAGAUAUUAUUAUCCUGCGGAGCAAAUUCGAUUGUUUAUUCAAAAAUCGAGAUUCUGUUUGGAAACCGAUUUAUUCGAGAUAAUGACAAAAUUAACAAAAUUGAAGGUAAUCAUCACAUCUAAAGAAGUAAUAUAUAGUUUGUGCAGUUUUGUACACAUCUCAUAAUAACAACAGCAAGGACAAUAGUGUUUUCAUUGUAAUCAUCCAUAGCAACGCUGCUUAAGAUCUACUAUUCCAGAAGCUUUGACACGAGAAUUUUAUGAAAAAAAUAAUAUGCAAACUCAUGUUAAAGAAAAGGAUUACAACGGAAAGAUUCUCUAUAUUGAACGUUAGUGCCAUCUAAAGAUUGAAUAAAUAACAAGAUAUUGCUAUUUCGCAAGACCUAUAAUAUAUAUCAAAAGUAAGCCAGAUUUUGACCUUAGCUUUGACGUAAGCUUAAAUUUUGACCUAGGUUAGGCCAGAUGAUAUGUUAAUAUAUUCCAACAAAUAUUGAAUCUUCUUCUUCGACAAAUAAUACAAUGAUGAUGUACAAAAAGUUAGAUUCAAAUUGAGAAGGAAAAACUGUCGCAAGCCACAAUAUAAACGCGAAUAUAUUUCAAAUAUCGAGAUAAGAAGCACCAUGAUAAGAAGAAAUUAUGUAAGCCAUGAUGAUAAGUGCUGUCUUCUGAACGUAAAAGAGUCUCUUUUUGUUGUUGUUCCUAUGCACAGGAGACUCAUGUCAACAUAACGUAAUUAAAGUAUGAAUAAGACAUUGAGACAAUAUUUUCAAAUCAUGUCAAUCUCAAUGACAAUUCUUCAACAUCAUUCUAUAGUUGAAACGUUUAAUUAAUUUUCUUGAACAAUGGAAUGACGGAUUCUAUAUUGUAUUUUUCUACAGUAUUUCUCCUCAGUCUAAUUUUAGAAAUUUUAAUUAAAUGUCGUUGGCCCAUUGUGUGCUUCAAUGAGGAAUGCACUAAAAUAAAUGUGGAGAAGAACAAAAAUAUUCCUAUAAAUUUGAAGAUAAUCAGAAAUUUGUGAACUCUUAAACUAUUUGGACUAAAUAAAGUUUUUAGAAGCUUUAUGAAUUCAGCAAACUUUGCAUCACAGUGCAUGUUUAUCGUAUGGACAAAUAUGGAAUAUUUUAAUAUAUUAUGGGCCCAAUGACAAAGAAUUUCAGGUUAUUGAUUAUUACAUAAUAACACUAAUAAUUUAAGGAAACGGAGAUCGUCCAUGAUAGAAAAAAACGCUACUGUUAGCGUUUGCAACAUCAGCCACCUGAGAAGAAAAUCGAUAUAUUGCCUUCUUAAACAGCAUAAUAGAUUGUACAUGUAUAAAUAUAUUCAACGGUUUAAACAUUCGAGAUGAUUAUUGGAAAAAAUGGAACGGAAUCCUUCGUUCUAAAAAAUCGUGUUACAAACAGAUGAAGCGCUCUUUUACGCUUCGUCCACAUUCGAUCAAAUAAUGAACAAAAGUAUGUCAAUUCGUUUAAAGAUGAAAGAAACGAAUUAAUGGCUAUGUGGCCCGAUAUUGUUCGUGAAUUGACGGAAGAAGAUAACGAAGAAUUACCAGAUGUUAAAAAAUGGUUUAAAGAGAUAUUGGGAUAUAAUGUUCCGAAAGGAGGAAAACGAAGAUCAAUACCACUUGUAAUCGCAUAUAAAUUGCUGGCAUCUCAAGAUCAGUUAACGGAAGAAAAUAUUCGUUUAGCUCGUAUCCUGGCCUGGAGUAUAGAAAUAAUGCAAGCUUUUUACACAGUAAUAGAUGAUCUUUUAGAUAAUGCAAACAUGCGACGAAAUCAAUUAACCUGGCAUGUUAAAAUUGGAUUAGGUGCAAUUAAUGACGGUUUAAUUAUGGAAACAUGUAUAUAUAAGCUUAUUAAGAAACAUUUUAAAUCGAAAAAUUGUUAUACAGAUAUCGUGGAUAUACUUUUGAAGUAUCAUACAAAAACAACGCAUGGUGAAUGUCUAGAUAUAUUGAUAUCGACAGAUUGGGGGAAGAAUGCUAAUUUUAAUGUUUUUUCUAUGGAUCGAUACAAUGAUCUAGUAAAAUAUAAAACAUCUUAUUUCUCAUUUAUGCUUCCGUUCAGUCUUGCUAUGCGCUUCGCUGGCAUAAUCGAUCCAGAAAUGCAUAGGGAAGCAGAAAAUAUUUUGAUAAAAAUGGGUCAUUUUUUCCAAGUACAAAAUGAUUUUUUGGAUUAUUACAGUAAAGAAGAAAUCGGAGGAAAAAGUGGAACUGACAUACAAGAAGGAAAAUGUACAUGGCCCAUUGUGGUUGCAUUGAAGCGAGCUACAGCCGAACAAAAAAGAAUUUUAAAAGAAUGUUAUGGAGUAGCUGAUGAAGAAAAAGUAAAACGUGUGAAAGAAAUUUAUGAAGAGAUAGGUAUAUCGAAUAUCUAUUAUGAUUACGAAGAAGAAACGCAUAAUUUAUUGAAUAUAUAUAUACAGCAAUUAUCUUCGAAACUUCCACCUGAAUAUUUUUUAUACUUACUCGCUACAUCAUGUAGUAAAAUAGGGCAAAAAGAUAUUUAAAAAUGCAUGGGAACACAUUCGAUUAUUCAGAUAUUUCUAAAAUAAUAUUCAAAUAAUAUUUUUCUAUAACAUUCUUCCAUACAAAAAAAUAUUUGUAAUAAAUAAUUUUUAACAAAAAUUAAUAAACUAAUUUUUAACAAUUGAAAAGAUUACUAAAAAUUUAUCAAAUGUAAAAUGAAUGAAAAAUAUAAUAAAAAUUAAAUAAUAAAAUCUUUGAAAAUCUGUUUUCAAAACGAAACAAAAAUUACAUGGCAAAACAUACGAUUAUCCAGCGAUUCCUAAAUUAAUUAGGAGCAAUAUUUUCCUAUGCAAAAAUUUCUAUUAUUUUUUGUUAUUAACGUAUUAUUAACGAAGAAUAUUUACCAAUUAAGUACGUACUCUAGCCAUAAAGAUAGUAUUGGCUAUGUGUCGCCAUAUAAGGAAAGAUAAAUUGAAGCAACGUAUCGAAGACACUAUCUUAUAUGUAAUAACUAUUUUAUAUCGAUAAAAAAUACAUAUUUGGAAUAAAAAAAAUAAAGGAUUAUUAUAAAGGAAAUAAAAAAUUAAUUAAAUAAAAAAUUAUCAUGAAUUAUAUUAAAUUAAAAAAGAAUUGAUCAAAUAAAAAAAAUGAAAUCAGAUUUUGAAAUAAUUUUUCAAAUCUUUUUUCUUAGGUAUCUCUUCUUAAUAUUAAUAUUUUCUCAUAUACAUACUUAUACUUUUUGAAGGUAUCAUCGAUUACAUUAUGCAUAAGUGUUUUUUUCUUUUUUUUAAUUAAAAACUCAUUCAAACGAAAGAUUUCGUAAAGGAAAAUAUUCCUUGAAAUUACUUUUAAAAUUUUCAAUUAACGAAUAUUUCUAUAUUUUGGAUACACUAUAUAUAGGAAUAAAUGAAAACAUAAUAUUUUUUAACGAAUAUAAAUUUUGUUCUAAUGAAACUUUUCUACUAACAAUUUAUAAAAAACAUAAUAUUUAAUUUAGUCGUUUCUCGAAAUUAAUAUUUUUUGAGAUUAAAUGUUCUUUAAAAUUAUCUCAAAAAUCUCCAAUUAAAGAAAUACAUGAAAUAAUACAAACAUGAUUUUUCAACAAAUAUAAAAAUUUUGUUCUAAAGAUUUUAUAGAAAUUCUAAAUGUUAUAUAUUCUUAUUUAUUUCGUUUGUUUCUUUAUAAGAAUGAAAUGAAAAAUAAAAAUUAAAUUUCGAAUUUUUUCAAUCGAAGACAAGUUGACAAGUCGUUCUUUAAAAAAAUACACAUACGUUGGUAACUUAUUUUUCUUAUUUAAUUUUGAGGACAAAAUUCAAUUUCGCUUGAUCUUCUUCGGCAAUUUUAAUGAAGCUGAGAAUUCUGUAGACUUAUUAAUCAUACAUUUUUAAAAUUAAUCUCAUAUAAAUUAUUUUCUCGUGAAAUAAUAUAAAAUAAUAUUUUAUAAUAAUUAAUACGAUAAUAAAAAUAUUAGUGUACUCAUUGGAUUAAUAAGUAAGUUCAAGAAUAGAUUUUUUCGAAAUAUAAAUUUAUUUUUCAAGUAAUGAUAUAUAAAAAAUAAAUAAAUGAUUUUCUUCAUUUUAAUGUUUUUUUUCUUUAUUCUGCAUAAUCUAUAGAUAUGUUAGUUAUCAGUUAUUUGAAGAAAAUUUCUUUCAACGCAAUUAAUUAAUUAAAAAAAAUAAUUUAUUUACUUUUCGAAAUAAAUUAUUUUCAAUUUUAUAAACAUUUUAAUUAUGAAAUCAUGUAUAUAAUUAUACGCACAUGUAUCUAUACUGUAUAUCUGUAUUAUUUUUAAUUGUAUCUAAUAUGUUUAUGUUAUAUUUAUAUUGACAAAAAUAAAUCCUAAAUCAGCAUAAAAA